UCUUCUCCGACCACUUCAAAUUUUUAAUCAGCUUGCAGAAAUUCAUGAUACAAGAGAGCAAUCAAUCACAACAUGCUAAAUUUUAGUGCCUUAACGUCAAUGCCAGGAUUCAACAAACUCUAAACUCUAUUAUUCGGCUAUUUUCCUUGCAAUUGUGCCUUUCGUAAUGGCACUUCCACAGAUUGAAGGCUACGUAGUGGUGGAGAAGAUUGGCGCAGGAAGUUAUGCCACUGUUUACAAAGCUUACAAAAAGAGCGGACCCAGAGCUGUGGUUGCAAUCAAAUGCGUUGAAAAGGGAAAAUUGUCCUCUACCACAAUAGAAAAUUUGCUGACUGAAAUUUCCUUGCUGAAGAAGCUGAAGCAUCCAAAUAUUGUUGAAAUGAAGGACUUUUUCUGGGAUGACAAGUACAUCCACAUUGUCAUGGACUAUUGCGCUGGUGGUGACUUGUCAAAUUUAAUUAGGCAGAAGCGCAGACUGCCUGAAAAGACGUGUCGGAGGUUUCUGCAACAACUGGCGUCAGCUUUGCAAUACAUCCGAAGCCAAAAUGUGUCACACAUGGAUUUGAAACCACAAAACUUACUUCUGGCCUCUCGAACAAGUCCUGUUUUAAAAAUGGCUGACUUUGGUUUUGCUCAAACUCUGAAGUCGUCGGACCACAGCAGUUCGUUGCGAGGCUCUCCUUUGUACAUGGCACCGGAGAUACUCCUGUCUAAAAGUUACGACGCCAAAGUUGACUUGUGGUCUGUCGGAGUGAUUUUGUACGAAUGCUUGUUUGGAAAGGCUCCUUACUCUUCCGCCAGUCUUGAUCAGCUCCUUGAAAAAAUUAAGGCACAUGCACCUAUUGAAAUGCCCUCGUCUGGGUACCAAGUGAGUGCAAUUUGUCAAGACCUACUGACCAGGCUCCUGCAACACGAUCCAGCCGUCAGAAUUGACUUUCCUGACUUUUUCGCUCACCCAUUCCUGGACCUUCAACAUGCCCCUGAUGAAAAGUCUCUGGAAAAAGCAACCAAGCUGGCUACUGAGGCUGUCCAAGCAGACCAAGAGCAAAAUCACUUGAGAGCAAUACAACUUUACGAGCAGGCACUGUUGUUCCUAAAGCCUCUCUAUGAUGCUGAGACCGAUGAGUCUAAAAAGUCUGCUUUGCAAGUCACCAUGAAUCAAUAUAGACGCAGGAUGUGUGAGCUGAAAACGCUUACUUGUGGUUCUUCUGUAAGCACUGCAGCCUUAAGAAGUUCAGACUCAAACUUUGAGGAACUUGUCCGAUUGUCAAUUUCCACUCCUUCACUUCACAAUGCCUUAGAGUUGGGAGUUGUCGCAGAGCAGUAUGAAUGUGAGCGAAGUUAUUCCGUAGCGUUGGAAAAGUACCAGUCGUGCUUGGCAAUUCUGAUAGAGCAUCUGCCAAGGGAGGUCAAAGGCAGCAGGCGUCAACAUUUGCUCCACCUGCAGGUUAAAAAAUGGCUGAAACGAGCAGAAGUUGCAAAAGCCAUGAUGGAAUUGCCUGAAGACGAGGAAUUUUCUUUGGACUCCAAAGGUAAAAUCACUAAAUUAUUUUUCGUUGCUCUCAAGAUCUUAUUAAUAAUAAUUGUAAUUAUUUUCAAUGCAGACAACUGUUGGAUGCAGUAAGUGGUUAGUAAUGAUUAUUUCCUGUGAUUUGUUGUAUUUGCCAUGCUAUUUAUUUGUACACACUGCUAAAUGUGAUAAACACCAAUGAUAUUAUAAAUUUAAGAAAGAAAAAAAUGAAAAUAUUUUUAUCCUUAAACAACUUCCAAUUUUUAUGUUAUUAGUUUUUUCACGAUAAAUAAACCAAAAAAUGAUAAUAAUUCAAAA